AUGUUUUCUGUGUUACAGGUGCUGUGUUGUGUGGUUCACAACCUGUGUAGUAUUGAAUUACCUGACCUGGAUGAUGAAGUCCUGCAUCUUCAGCUCCUCACUGUCUGCUACUUAGAUGUCAAACUUCAUCCUGGUUUCCAGAACUUCCAAGUACCUGACCUGGAUGAUGAAAUCCUGCAGCUACAGCUCCUCACUGUCUGCUGCUUAGAUGUCAGAUUUCAUCCUAGUAGCCAGAACUUCCAAGUACCUGACCUGGAUGACGAAAUCCUGCAGCUACAGCUCCUCACUGUCUGCUGCUUAGAUGUCAGACUUCAUCCUAGUAGCCAGAACUUCCAAGUACCUGACCUGGAUGACGAAAUUGUGCAGCUUGAGCUCCUCACUGUCUGCUGCUUAGAUGUCAAACUUCAUCCUGGUAGCCAGAACUUCCAAGUACCUGACAUGGAUGACGAAAUAGUGCAGCUUGAGCUCCUCACUGUCUGCUGUUUAGAUGUCAAACUUCAUCCUGGUAGCCAGAACUUCCAAGUACCUGACCUGGAUGACGAAAUCCUGCAGCUACAGCUCCUCACUGUCUGCUGCUUAGAUGUCAGACUUCAUCCUAGUAGCCAGAACUUCCAAGUACCUGACCUGGAUGACGAAAUCCUGCAGCUACAGCUCCUCACUGUCUGCUGCUUAGAUGUCAGACUUCAUCCUGGUAGCCAGAACUUCCAAGUACCUGCCCUGGAGGACGAAGUCCUGCAGCUUCAUCAUCCCCUUGCCCGCUAAUCUGAUAUACAUGUAAAACACAUGUACCAUUAGCACUUCCAUGCAGAGUGGACAAGUACACUGUACAACACAGAUCCAUGCAUAUAGUGUGAGCUAGCGUGAGGUGUAUUCGAGACAGCCUGAUGUGUGCAGGUGCCAGCGUCGGCCAGAUGUGUACAGGUACAUGCCUGCCCCAAAGAUGUGUGUUCGGGCCAACCUCCUGUGUGUACGGGCCAACCUGAUAUGUGCACGCGCCAGCCCCAACCGAACGUGGGCACAGGCUAACCCCAAUCUUAUGUUUUGUACCCUCCAGGUUGAUAUAUUCACGCAUCCACCCCAACCUAUCGUACCUGAUGUUUGCAGGCGCCAGACCCAGUCAGAUGUUUGCACGCGCCA